GAGUCACGUGGUCACCCUCGUAGCCUAGGAGAAGUUUUGUUUACUUCCGGGUUGCGCUCAUCGUAAACAACUGGCACUCAAUUCCUCCACAGCAACCGAGCUAAGCGGAUUAAAGUCCCGCAGUGAUGGCAGGGGACUCGGAGGACGACUUACCCGAAUCAGGGGCAGUUUUUACUUUUGGGAAGAGCAAAUUUUCCAACAACAUUCCCAGCAGAUUCUGGCUCAAGAAUGACGUCCCCCGCAAGAUCGCCUGUGGCGACGAACACACGGCUUUAGUAACAGGAAACGGCAAACUCUUCAUGUUUGGCAGCAACAACUGGGGCCAGCUGGGUCUGGGCUCCAAGAAUAUUUUAAUCCAAUCCUGUUGCGUUUCAGCCCUAAAGUCUGAGCGGGUCAAGCUGGUGGCCUGCGGGCGGAACCACACGCUCGUCUGCACAGCGCAGGGACACGUGUUCGCGAGCGGCGGCAACAGCGAGGGGCAGCUGGGGCUCGGCGACUGCGAGGAGAGGACGUCCUUCCAGAGAGUGCAGUUCUUCGACUCCCAGGGAGCGGUCCAGAUGCUCGCCGCCGGGUCCAACACCUCCGCCGCGCUCACAGCGAGCGGGAAGCUCUUCAUGUGGGGCGACAACUCGGAGGGUCAGAUCGGUUUGGGCAAAGAGAGCCAAGCGUCGUCGCCCCAGGAAGUGGGCGUGGGACGGCCCAUCCGCUGGGUGUCCUGUGGCUACUACCACUCCGCCUUCGUGACAGUAGACGGAUCUCUGUACACGUUCGGCGAGCGGGACAGCGGGAAGCUGGGCCUCGGCACCGAGCAGCUGUCCGGGCACCGGCUCCCUCAGAGGGUGAAGAGCAUCAAGGAGGCGGUCAGCCAAGUAGCCUGUGGGGGCGGCCACACGGUGGCGCUAACAGAUGAUGGCGUGUUCACUUUCGGCCUCGGUCAGUUCGGGCAGCUCGGUCACGGCACGUUCAUUUUCGAGUCCCGCCUGCCGCGGCUGGUCGAGCAUUUCAGGAAGGGGCGAGUGUGCCAGGUGGCAUGCGGGGAAAACCACACGGCUGUGAUCACAGAUGGUGGUUUACUCUACACUUUUGGGGAUGGACGACAUGGAAAACUGGCCCUGGGGGAGGAAAACUUCACCAACCAGUUCAAGCCCACUUUGUGUCCGCGGUUCCUUGACUGCAACGUUCAGGCGGUGUCGUGCGGCGGCUGUCACAUGGUCGUGUUUGCCCGACCGAGGGGCCCGGGCCGCGCUGACGUGACCCUGGAGGACGACGACGUGACUCUGGACCUCCUGGAGCAGCCGUACGCGGACAUGCUGGUUGACGCAAACGGCUCCGCCACCCUCCAGAGGAAGCUCUCCGCCCGGGUUCGCAGGAGGGAGCGGGAGCGAUCUCCAGACCACUUAGGCGCCAUGUUUCGAACGAUGCCCGCCACCACGGCUGGCACGCUUCUGCCUUCACUUCCUGUCUCCAGCCAGACCAUCCCCCCCAGGCUGCCCCCACCCGAGCUCAGACACAGAAAAGUGCUGAACGGCAGGGAAGACGCGAGCCAGCAGGAGCAGACCGGGGGCGAGGAGGGCGACGCCGUCGAGUCCAUGACGGACACGGACAGCGUUAAAGGCCUGGGAGACACGACGGACUUCCUCAACAUGACGCAUGUGAUGAAGAUGGACCCCGGAGAUAAAACGCUGUUUCUGGCUCCGCUGCUGAAGUGCCCGCCCCUUUUCUCCUCUGUUGCCGGGGAAAAGUCAAAGGGUAAGGCUUUAACAGAGCAGCGUCAAAGAAAGGCCGGGCGGCCGUCCAAUCAGAGCAGCUUCUCUUCCACGUCUCCGUCGCGUAAGAGCAGCGGGGAGGAUCGGAGGAGACGCGCUCGGCUCUCUCAGAGCGAGCAGCGGUGGAAGAAGAACAAGGAGAACCUGAUCGUGGUCGGGGAGGAGGUGAAGGGGAGGUCCAAGGAAGUGAAAACUCCCAACGCCACGCGUGAGUCGCGCCCUGGAGCGAGUCGGGGUCAACGACAGGCGAGCGGGAAGCAGAAUCUCACAGAGAAUAAAGUUAAGAAGAACAAAACACCUGUAGACGAAGAGAAGAGCUCGGCGAGCUCCAGACUUUCCUCUGAGAAAACACGCAAACAGGAAGUAGUUUUAUCUAAGAAAUCGAAGAACGAGAAAAACCGAAAAGAGGCUCAGAAGACGCCGGACCUCCGUCCGCUCGCAGCAGCCGCCGCCCUCGCAGCAGGAGCCACCGUCAUCCAAGCGAUGGGUUCCAGGAGUGUCUCCAGCUCGCCCUCGCCGCCUGAGAGCGGCCGCGGCGUCCUGCAAUCGAGGAGCAGAGAGUCCGACUGCACCGAGCCGGACCGCAAGUCCACCGUCAGCAUCAACGUAAUCCCAGCAUCGCAUAGCCCCGAACAGAGGACGAGUCAGGACGAAGAGGAGCUGAGUCUGGACCCCAGUGAGGGGCGGAGCAACUCGGCAGCAGCACACGAGGAAGAGGAGGAGGAAGAUGAGGAAGAUGAGCGUGCUGAUGUUGGUGAAAAAGAUUCUGCCAGCUCUGACGAGGAUGAAGAAGAAGACGACCUUCAGCCAGAGGAAGAGGAGGAAGACGAGAGUGGCGCUGAGGAAGAGGAGGAGAGAACGAGCGGGGCGACCGAGACCGAACCAGAGAGCGAGGAGAGAGGGAGCACGAGCAGAGAGGCCGAGGAAGAGGACGAGGAAGAGCGGGGCUCCAGUCAGGAGACGGAGAGCAGAGGGGCGGGGACUGAAGCUGAAGAAGAGGAGGGGGAUGAAAGUUCAGAGAAGGAGGAAGACGAGGACGAAGGGGAGGAAGGUUCAGAGAAGGAGGAAGAAGAAGAAGAAGAAGAAGAAGAGGAUGAUGAUGAACGUGAGACGCUGAAAUCCUCAGAGGAGAAAGACGAGACGGAGGAAGAGGAGGAAGAAGAGGAUGACUCAGAGGCAGAGAGUGAAGAAGAGGAGGAGGAAGAAGACAAAGAGGAAGAAGAAGACAAUGAGGAGGAAGAAGAUGAGAAGGAAGAAAGUGAGGAAGAAAGUGAGGAAGAGAAGGAAGAAGAGGAAGGAAAUGAAGAGGAAGAGGAGGAGAAGGACAGUGAAAGUGAGGAAGAAGAACAUACAAAUAGCAAUGAGGAGGAGGCAGAAGAAGCUGAAGAGGAGGAUGAUCCCGAUACGGAGGAGGAGGAGGAGGAGGAGGAGGAGGAGGAGGAAGAGGAGGUUAGGAAGAAGAAAAAGUCUGCAGGAGCAAAAAGACCGAAUGUUAAAUCUGCAGCGAAGAGCAGAGGAAGAUCCGGAGGUCAAGGCCCGACCGGGGGAGAGGAAGAGGAGUUCUGGGACGACGUUCUCCCCCAAUAUCUCAAUCUGAAAUAAUCCAAUCGCUUCUGUUAUCCAUCGAUUGAUCGGAAUAUUUGGAGAAAAAAAAAUUCUGUUCAUGAAACGACUCAUUUUUUUAAACUUUUAAACUAAAAAAAAAAAGAAAAA